UCCGAAGAGAACACCUGUCCUCAGCAGAGUGAAGGUAGAUCUGGGUUCCCCCCGAACCGUUCAGAUCAGGGGUAUUCCUUAACAGGAAGAUUAUUAUUAUUAUUAUUAUUAUUAUUAUUAUUAUUUGUGUAGGUGCAGUAUGAGGAGUCACAUGAUAAGAUAAGGAACUGAAUGGCGACAGCUCAGUGUACCACAAUGGUUCUGAUCGACUCGUUCUGUUAGCUGAAGCUGCUGAAACCCUUGAGAUGGGGACUUGUCGACCCCUGCCGAGGGGUGGUACUGCCAGCUGCAGCCCAUGGCUUGUCCACCACCAACUUCAGCAGUCUCCUGUAUUAUAUUGACCUGUUUUUAGCUUAAACCUACAGGUGAUGGAUGUGGAGGAAUGGGAAGGACUGUCUGCAGAAGAGCUCAGAAGCCGCCUGUUCUCCUUGCUUCAGCGUGCGGGUGUGGUAGAUCAUCUCAAGACGCAGCUUCGCGUGAAGAUAUUGAACCAACUGCAACAGAGGAACCCUUUGCUUUUGUCCCCAACGGAUGGGACAGCUGGCCAAUCUGACAAAACAACUGCAGGGAGGUCAGCGCUGCACAAGCGGAUUCUCAACAGUCUUUUCAUUGAUUAUCUCCGAACCAGCGGUUUCCAUUACACACUCUCUGUCUUUCUGCCUGAAUGUGGAAUGCUGGCCAGCGCAGCUCCACUUUCUCGAGAGGAGAUCAUGCGAGCAAUGCGGCUCGACCAUCAUCCGCUUGUUUUUCCUUACCUGAGUGGAACGGGAUUCAGGACAAAGAAAAAUGAUGAGUCGGGAGAUCCAAAGCCCUUCCAGAAUGGCAGAGGAGGGGGUGGGGGAGAAGGACCAUCAUCGUCAACAUCGGCAGGAGCAUGUGGAGUGGGAGGAGUGGGCGAGCUAGAAGGAGGAGGAGGAGGAGGAGGAGGAGGAGGAGGAGGAGGAGGAGGAAUGGAGGGUUCUUCCUUGGCGAUGGAGCUGUUAGAGGCAUUGGAGAAAGUAUACGAUGCAAAUCAGCGAGCCGAGAACUCCACACAGACCGUCAAUGCGUCAACGGCGAUCUUUUUGGAAGGGAGACUGAAAGAAGUAGAAGAUGCCUUUCACAUGAGGGCGAAGGCAGAGCUCUUGAUCCCGCUGAACACGAUGGAAGAGCAAAUGAGCCAAUACAGACGGGAUUUGGAGCUUCGCUGCAGGGCAGAGAUCGAUGCGCAAGUCAGCAGAAUCAGACGGUUGGAAAUAAGUGCUGCAAGGAUGGAGGAGGAAGCCCGCUACAGGCGACACCUGGAGCAGGCGAGGGAGCAUCUAGAGAAGAUGCACAAGAGGCGGUUGGACGCUCUCCGCUCCAAGGAAAAGAGCAUGAUGGCUCAUCUCCACCACAAGGAACGGUUUGUUGAGACGGCGGCAUUUGAGCUCAGGCAAAAGGUGCUAGCAGAUGCCGAAGGCAUCAGCAGGAAGAAGGCAACUCUCACUCUCGUAGGAAGAGGAGGAGGAAGAGGAAGAGGAGGAAGAGGAGGAAGAGGAGGAGGAGGAGGAGGAGGAAGAGGAGGAAGAGGAGGAAGAAAAGGAGGAAGAGGAGGAGCUAUGGCCAGGGACGAGGAAGAGCGAGAGACGUUAAGACAAUCGAGUAGAGGAAGAGGAGGAGGAGGAGGAGGAGGAAGAGGAGGAAGAGGAGGAGCUAUGGCCGGGGACGUGUUACUUCAUGAGGAACUAUGGGAGGAGGCAAAGGAUUUGCUACCCCACCAGGAAGUGAAGUGCUACUUAAAUCUGUAUGUUCCGAUAGGGGCUAUGCCACUCAUUCAUGAUGUAGUGAAAUUGGCAUAUGGACGGAUUCUCAAAGUGGGUCCGAUUUCAGCGAGUCCGGAGGAGCCAGAGCUGUUUAACAUCCGAUUUGAUCUGGAGCCAGCUGCGGAGGAAUGGUACACGCCGUACUUGGCAAUUGACCUCCCCGAUGGGGGAGGUUCGAUGGAAUUGGAGGACGGCUCCAACCCGUUGCAACCACCGUGCGGGCUGCUCUUGUUCGUCGUCGUUCGCGCUGACAGAACGCUUCUCGCAGGGUCCAUCGUCCAGUGGGUCGACGAUGGCGAAUACAAUUUCAAGUUUACGUUGAAGAAGCAUUACAGAAGUGAUGGUUCUGUCGACGGCAUCGCAAAGGGAUGCAAGGUUGCUGGGAAGAUGUUCGGCGGUGGUCCUGUUGGGUUCGCGGGAGGAGAGUGCUCUGAAAGGGAGAUGGGAGGUCAGGGUGGCCUGCCAGCUACGCCUCUUGAUCAAGAGGUGGGCAUGUUAGACGACUCGGAGGACGACCAUCUGCGUGCUCCUUUGAAACCGAGCUUGCAUAUAUCUCGUCGCCACGGUUUGCUUGGGGAGUCGACUCCACAUGGAGGCGGCGAUGGCGAACGGUUGCGACAGGGCUCAGAAUCGACGACUCCUCGUUGUCUGGUCGAAAGGAUCGGUUCGUUCGUUCGUGGCAUGCAGGUGGCCGAGGUUUCGCCUGGAGAUCGAGCGGGUGAAGCAAGUGGGAACGUCGCCGGUGAGGAGGAGGUGUCCGAGCAGGGGCUGUUCCGUGAGAGAUCGGCUGAAAAGACUCAGUCGGGGGGCAAGCGCAACUUGCCGGCUGAGGAAGAGCGAGAGGCACUAGGUACUCUGAAAAGGCAGAGAAAGGUAGGAGGGAGUGCUCGGACGCCAACAACACGAGAGGGCGGUUCCGUUGAGAAGAGGAAAAGGGUUGGAGGUGGGGAUGAAACGCCAAAAGACUCGUCGACACAGCGAAGAACCGGUGAGUCUUCCGGAAAAAGGGCGAAGUCAUCGAGGGGGAAGAAAGCAGACGAGGGCGAUAGAGGGGAGGGGGAUGACGACGUGGAGAUUAACCUCAACGCCUUUAACCUCGACAAUGCGUUCUUCCUCGAGAGGCAAACAGGGGUGCAGAAGGACGUCGUGUUGCACAUCCAUCCCGAAAGAAUAUUAGCUAUUCCUGACUGGGAAGACGCGUACAACCACCGAUCCUUGGACGAGUUCCUCGUUGAUACCAUCGCGGCGGCUUUGAUCGACUGCUACGAACAUAAAGACAUGAGAUACACGAAGCCCAUUUUCGUUCUCGCUCCGAUCGUCGCGCCUCAAGAGAACGGUGAGUCUGCUGUGCGCGUGCUGCCUGCUGACUUCGACAGCUCACACCCGGAGAGAUACUGGUAUUAUCUUGUGUGUGGACAGCAUAACGCGAGGGCGGCAAUGAUGGUGAAAGACCAUCCCGUGUUUGAUUACUACAACUUUUGUAAAUGGCCGUUCAGACCGAUCUACUUCCUUGAUGACGAGUUCGACGGCUACGCCCAUGUCAGCUGCGAAGACAACAUGAAAGACAAGAAGAAUCCACCGCGCUUGCAGGUUUUAUCUAUGCAGGACAUUCGCAAUAUCUGGAAAAUUAAGGGCAAACCGCGUGUGGUGCUCGGCAAUGCCUCGAAGAAACAGGACGAGGUGGGAAAGUGGGUGCGGUUCAUGGCGUUGGCAAUGAAGAAGACGCCGUACACGCCUAUCUGGAACCUGUCAACGGAAGCAAAGAAAAGAAAGGAAUGGGCUGAGAAACUUCGAUACUACCUCCCGCUGGCCAUGGCAGAUGACUCCGUCUUCGCUUUGGGGGUGAAGUUCUAUGACGAGUGGUCGAAAGGGAAACUCCUUGCUUUCGACGGCCAGCGUUGGACUGAAAAGCCGCCCACCCAUGAGGAGGUGGCCAAGCCAGGACUCUCCACUGUGACUGACAGUCAGCGGCUGAAGAAACACGUCUGUAGCAAAAAGUUGGCCGAGCAGGGGAAGUUCAGUGUCAAGGAGAUGGUCGACAUAAUAAAAAUGGACCGGAUUAUACUGAGGCUGUGGCACUACGUGGAGUUCGAGUACGAGGAAAUGGAUAAGCGGGAGUGGAAUGCCAACUCCACGUUCUCCAGGUCCAAGAAGCAACUGUUCGAAGAGUUCAAGGACAGAGGUCUCGACGACAAGCUUUGGAACGAGAGCAUGAAAUUUUUCACGGACACCACAUAUGUCAACAAGUGCCCUCAGUUUCUCGGGUGUCAACACGACAACAACAUCAAGAGAACGGCGGCCCUCGUCAACGACCAGCAUUUCCCGGCGGAGUGGAAGCGUGUCAUCCUUUCAGUGAUCACAAGAGAUCGCGCCAAAGGCAAAAAAAGCCCUCGGGGCGUUGAUGAAUGCAUCAACAUUAUGUGGACAAGGACAAGCGCCUUGACGACGCUGGCCCAGUUUAACGUUGACCCGUUGAGUGCCAUAGAUCAUAAGCAGGCGCUGGGAAAACUAGGGCAUCAGCUACGCUCCCACACUUGCAUGCUCGACUUGUGCGAUGCUGUGGACCGUGCGCAAUGGGACUCUGGGGCAUUCGCGGCUCUGAGUGAGUUGCUGGGCUUCGUUUGUCAGGACUACUGGACAUUGGUGGUAUUCGUUCCUUGCCUGUGGAACCUCUCCUUCAUGACAUGUUUGUCUGCGCUUGGGGCUACCCGAUGCUACACGGGGAAGUGGGUUCGGAAGACGACAUCGAAGAAGACACAUCAGUUCGGAAACAGCGUCUGGGAGGAGCCGGAUGUGAUGCACAUCCUUUUCAAAGGCGAGGAUCCUCGGCUACUGACUCACCCGGUAUACGAGGGAGCUGUUGCUGAAGACGACGACGCCGCUCUCCGGAGGAAACAGAAAGAGACACCCACGGAUGUGGAGGAGAAGUCUUUCAAGUCUUUGACUUUCGCGGACAUCGGAAACCUGACUCAGAGGGGGGCUCUGUACAAGGACGGCGAGCGGAAUCUGAAUCAGUUGUGCAAUCAGCUUCUUUUCUUCUGUGGUGUGGCAGAUGCCGUGCUGUUCUUGGGCAAGCCGCACGCGCAGGUGGUGUGGAGUCUGCUUCAGCAGGGAAGGCACGUCUUGGUCGUGGAUGGGGACACAACGCAGCUCGAAUACACCGUGCAGUAUGUCACCCAUGAAGUGUCGUCCAAGGCUUACCCAUGCGAUUUCCACCAUGUCGUGGUCGAGUCCAUUUAUGACCCGAACAAGGACAUGUUCGUCAAGUUGACUCCGAAGAAAAGGCGCCAGGUCUACUCCUUCCUUUACGGCGAACAACCAAGGUUGAGAUUUGACCCGCAGUACGUGGUGCGGAAGGAAGUCGCCAUUGCGGUCCUCCAGGGCUACCACGGAGCGAGUCGGGCCGGCCCUUCAAAUAAAUGGCUAGAAGUGUCCUCCGCGCUCUACGCCCUUCCGUCAAGCCCGUCAAUUAAGCAAGUGAGUUGGGAGUUGCCUGGGGUCACCCCGCCGGCAGGAGUUGUGAAGCGCAAAUCUCGUGGAAAGGACGGCGACGGGGAUGGUGAAGGCGUCGGACAACGAGGUACCGAAAGUGGAAGUGAACAGCGAUCGACGAAACAGCGGUCUCAGGGGCACGCAGGCGGUGGAGAUGGGAGAAAGGGCAGUUGGGAGAAGAAGAAGCCUCGCAGCGGAGAGAAGACAAAGCAUCACAGAGGAGACGGGCAGGGGUCCGAUGUCGACCGCGACAAGGACGGUGGGGUUCUGGCGGUAACAGGCAGCACCUCAAAGGAGACGGGGAACGACUUGAGGCCUGGGUGUAUUACGCGGCCUGGCGAGCAGGACCCUGUGAUUAGCUCCACCAGCGAAACACAGUUUGUCGAUGCGGUUGGCGGGGCGGGUGUCACAAAGCAUGGAACAUGCUUCGCUCAGCUCCAAAWACGGUUGGCGGAUUGUCUCGGAUCAAUCCGAACCUCAGAGACGACCUCGUUGUCCGGAACUCAGUGCCUUUCGGGAAGCGAGACGACAACAUACCACGGGAACGGCAGCAACAAGCUGGAACCGUGUUCUGUUUCGCCUCAAAAGGAAUUUCGGAUUAGUCCGAACCGCGAAGGCCGUGCCAUUGAGGGAGCACAGCUGUCUACAGAACUCGAACGGGUGGUCCGGGUUUCCGAAAACCCUGGCGACGAAAUUCGGAUUCAUCCGAACCAGGAAGCCGUGUCUACCAUGACAGACAAUCGGUGUCAGGAUGCAGUAAUGCUCUGCGUGGAAGCCCACAAGGAGCUGCAGGCGGACUGUCGGACUGAGGGUGAGUUGGCGACCAAUUCCAAUGUCAAGCCCAACACACUCGGAGCCGAGUUAGCAGUCGUAAGCGACUCCCCGAUGAAAGCGGUCAUGUCAGCGUCGUUGGAAAUUGCGGGGGCUCGAAUGAAUCCGAACCAGGGCCCUGUGAACAUCUCCCUCCCUGAUGCAUCUUUGGAGACGACCGUGAUUCGGAUUCGUCUGAGGCACACGGACGAAGGACUUCAACUGGCAGGCGUUGAGGGUUGUCGACUACUGACGACUUUGGACAAGGACAAUUCCGCCGACGACCGGAUUGAUCUGACACUCAGCGACAUCGGGAUGGAGCUACCAGUUCAGCCGGGAUACGACGAUCCCUUGUACUCCGCCCUUCACAACGAGGCGAUGGGGGAGGACGUUUUGAAGAAGGCCUCUGACGCUGUAUCCGUCAAGGACAUCAUCGCACUCGUGGAUAGAUCCGGGGAGCUCAACGAUGAGGUUGUCAAUUUCUACAUGGCGAUGCUACUGGACGACUGCAGCCGGACUGCCGCUACCAUGAAGACAUACACAUUUAACUCCUUCUUCGCCUCUUCACUGCUUCUGCGAGGUCCGGCAGCUGUUCUCAGAUGGGCUAAAGAUGUCGACCCCCUGUCUCAUGACCUCGUCUUGGCACCAGUGCACAAGGACGGCGAACACUAGAGUCUUUUGGCCAUUGACUUCUCUAGACGUGUUUUGGAAAUCUAUGAUUCUUUCUCGUGCUCGUCAUCCAAAGAUUCCUUCUACUCCGCACUUCUGGAUAAAAUUGUUAAAUUCUU